UCACAGUGCGAGGCGACAGGAAAGCUCCAACGCAGUCGUCUGACGAAGAGCAAGCGACAGAGUUCGUCAAAUUCCAAAGCAGCGCUUUUCGCAGCUGGUGAGAGGGUGGCUCGGAGCGAUGGCGUUCGCGGGCCAGCGAAAGUAGACGUGGCUGCAGCUCGGCGCGGUUCGAUGCGUGAAGGGGAUUUGCCUUGUGUACGGAGUUGCGAGGGGAGGGAGGGCGGUCGCUUGGAUGGCGAGGUUACACGGGAGGGAGAAUCGAUGGUCCGCUGAUUGGGUACCGGUUCCUACGAGUGCGUUGGUGGAGGAUGCGAUGCGGAUGGCGGUUGGAGUGGUGGGAAGUGUCGGGAUAUGCGCGUAUGGGAUUUUCGGCGACCAAGGAAACUUGGGGUGGGAUUGUUGGUGGAAGAUCGGAGGCGUCGCACAAGGGGUUUUAUCUAUCUUUUAUAUAUCCGCUUCUAAACUGGAGGGUUUGGGAGGAGUGGUUGGCGUGGUCUUUCACGUUCUGCUGGAACGGGUAGCCAUGCGGGAAUGCGAUUCGGGGUCCAAUGCGCACCGGGGACGGCAGGGUCUCGAGAACCACGGAUGCGAUCAAUGAGAUAUAUUGGGUAUAUUCCAAGAAACGACAAACGCUUUAGAAACGAUAGUGUACGUUGGUCGACCGGGAGAGUUCUUGAGCGAGAGUAUGGAUCGGAGGGUGCUGAGAGCCAGAGGGUCGUCGGUUCGA